GUUGUUUCGCGGUGAGCGGCGGUUCUCAGCAGUGGAAUGACAACAUCGACAGUCGCGGGCCUUCUUCCCUCCGAGCUGCCCGGAAAACAUCCACCGAAAGAGGCAGGUGUCCCGUGCCUCCCAGCGUCUGGACAACUGGGUCUGCAUGUGCCACUGGGAGCAGGAGCAUCAUGGCAGAUGACAAGGACGUGUUGAGGGACGUGUGGUUCGGCCGGAUCCCCGCCUGCUUCACCCUGAACCAGGACGAGGUCACCGAGAGAGAGGCCGAGCCCUACUACCUGCUGCUGCCCAGGGUGAGCUACCUGACGCUGGUCACCGACAAAGUGAAGAAACACUUCCUCAAAGUGAUGAAGGCCGAGGACGUGGAGGAGAUGUGGUGCGAGUAUGAAGGAACACCACUGAAAUGGCACUAUCCAAUUGGAGUUCUCUUUGACCUCCACGCCUCCAACACGGUCUUACCCUGGAACAUCACUGUGCACUUUAAAAAUUUUCCAGAUCGCGACCUCCUCCACUGUCCGUCCAACUCUGUGAUCGAGGCUCACUUCAUGUCCAGCAUCAAGGAGGCCGACGCCCUCAAGCACAAGAGCCAAGUUGUUAACGACAUGCAGAAGAAAGACCACAAACAGCUGUGGAUGGGUCUGCAGAACGAUAAGUUUGACCAGUUCUGGGCCAUGAACAGGAAGCUGAUGGAAUAUCCCACUGAGGACGGAGGCUUCAGAUACAUCCCCUUCAGGAUAUACCUGACGAUGAGCGAUAGGCCGUUCAUCCAGAGACUGUUUCGCCCCGUUUCACCUGAAGGCAACGUGCACACACUUGGCAACAUGCUCAAAGAAAUGUACCCAGCUGCUAUACCAAAUGAAGGUGAGCCAAAGCAGAACCAGGUGGUGAUCCACGGCAUCGAGCCGCUGCUGGAGACGCCUCUGCAGUGGCUCAGCGAACACCUCAGCCACCCUGACAACUUCCUGCACAUCUGCGUUGUCCCCGUUCCCACCGACUGACACGGCGUCCGCCCCGUCGUCGCCGUCCGCCAUGAAAACACUGAUCGACCAACCAGCCGACGCACCAGCCGGCCGCAUCUCCCAGGAAACGGUCCUCGCGCGAAAUGUUGGAAACUCUGAACUAACAAGACUCUGCAACGAGACGGAGAUCAGAAUGAAAAGAAAAGGAUGUGAAGGAGGUGUUGAACAAACCUCCUUUUACAUCUUGUUUAUUUAUAUUUCUACUCCUACGACCACUACUACUCCACCUGAUUUUAGGACGGGAGGAUGGAGAGAUCCUCUCUUCCUCCUCCGCUCCGAAAAGAGGAGGAGAUUCCCCGGAGUGAAGAGAUUGACGUCUAAUUUUUCUACUCUGCUGUCUCGCAUCUUCACCUCCUCCUUCUCUCUUUCUUUAUGACCACACAUCCCACGAGAGGAGAGGAGGUGAAGAGAUCCCUCCUCCUCUUCGCUCCAUCCUGACGAAGACUGUGCCGUCGACGGGGAGAAGAGUUUGUUUGGGGAGGUGGAGCUUCCACCUCCUGCUGAAGCUGCCUUAUGAAUUCUUUUAUCAUCAGCAUCUCAUCGUCACUUCAGGCACGUUCACACUCUUGAGUUUACAUCAGAGCCUGAGGAAAAUGUUUCUGCUCCUCAAACUCAAACAGCUGAGGAUUCACUCUUGGUUUCGGUUUCAUGGAUUAAUGUUUAUUUUGUUUAUUGGAUUAAUGAUAAAAAGAGAAGAAUUGGAUCUGAACUGAACUGAUCAUCAGCCCAACAUCUAAUUUUGUAUUUGAAAAAGGAAGUUAACAAACUGUCGUCUGCUUCUGUCUCUGAAUUAACAUUUUACUGCUUCGCUUCUUUUUCGUCCAUCUUUCAUCAUCACUUGUGAGAGAAAUGUUUGUUUCAUAUUUCAACGUCUCGGCCACUUUAUCACCAUAUUUCAUUUGCAUGUAUUGAGAUCAGAUAAAUACACAAACCACGUACACAGAAAUGUUCAAAUACCCCCUUAAUGGAAUCUGCUCCAAAAGUGAAAGAGUUCCCCCCCGUCCACCAAGUGUGUAUGGCUUCGGUAGUUUUUGUGGUGAGGAGAAGCUGCUGUGCGGAGGUGAUAAAGUGGAACUGACCUUUAAUGUGGGAACAUGGACUGAAUUCUGCAACUUCAAGAAACUGACACACAAAGUGAAAAUGAGUCAGAACCAGCUUCAUUUGAUCUGGUUAGUUUUGGUUUCACGUUGUAAUUUAGGGACUAAAGAAUUUUGUCUGCCAUACGUACGUCCUGUCGUCAUCACCUACGUGGGCGGAGUCUACCUGUACUUGACUCUGAUUGGUUUGUAGACGGCGUCUGAUGUGGUUGCCACGGUAACAUCCUGAUGGUAUUACUCCCAGCUUCAGCACCAUCAGGCACAAUACUACAGUACUACAGUACUCCACAAUACUACAGUACUCCACAAUACUACAGUACUCCUCUUCUUCUUUUUCUUCUUCCAUUGUUUAAUUCUGUCUCUACUUCCUGUGAU